AGUUUGUGGAUUAAUAAAGUAUAUAUUAUCUCAAACAGUGAACACAACACGAUACCACGUAUUGCAUAGUCCACAGUACAACACUAUUAAGUUCAAUCUAUUUACUUUAGAAUUGCAUACAGUUCUUCUCUGACAGUCUUUGCACUGUUACUGUCUAUAGUUAUCUAUUAGGCAUGGCGUUCGAACCCGCUACAGACUUUUAACUUAAUCUAGACCCUGACUGAUACUGGUGAUUAAUACACCUCUUUGCUGUAACUAAUAAGGCUGUUGGUUGAGAAGGUAUAAAAUCUCCCUUUGACUGGGAUGAGACACUUGGCUGACAUCUUGUCCCCCUCACCCCCUUAAUGACAGGAUGGUGGCCUCUACCCCCUUCGUGGUGAUCUCCUACUUCUGCCUCUGGUACGUUCCUCCCUUUAUCAGUGGGAGGGUCGUCUGGUACCUUGGCUUCUACUGCGUCUACCAGACCCUCAUUACGUGCUUCCACGUGCCAUACUCAGCCCUCACCAUGUUCCUGAGCACCGAGCAGAAGGAGAGGGACUCGGCCACAGCCUACAGGAUGACGAUGGAGGUGCUGGGUACUCUGCUGGGGGCUGCCAUCCAGGGCCAGAUCGUGGCUAACGCCCACACGCUCAAACACUGCCGCAACCAAAGCCUCGGCGCCACUCAGCUGGGAAAUGGGACGGCAGCAGAGCAGGUCACUCAGAUCGUCCGGAGCCUGUCACCUUCCCUGGACAUCCUGUCAUACGUGGUGAGCGGGAGCCUAAUUUCCUUUACUUUUUGUUCCCAUG